CUCGGCGGCGGAGCUCUUCAAUCCCGAUCGGCAACGUCAAGCCAUCGGAAAAUCUGCCAUGGAAAUGGCCCUCUCGAAGUGCCUCAGACCAUUGUUACCCUUCCUUCGUUCGCAGAAACACAUCCCAUUGCACAGCCUCAAACUGUUCGCCACCGCCGGACGCGGCAGCGUUUUGCCUCCUCCCACCACAACCAGGGUUAGGAUCCGGUGCUUCUUCAGUUCUUCACCGGAGCACGCGUUAAGCAUCGAUUGCAUCAAAAAAUACGGAGCUAAAGCUGGAGAUCAGGCGUCGAGCCACCAAUUGUGGCUGUACAAUACAAUGAGCAGAGAGAAGGAGAUUUUCAAGCCCAAAGUUCCAGGAAAAGUCGGAAUGUAUGUUUGUGGUGUCACGGCCUAUGACCUUAGCCACAUUGGCCAUGCCCGUGCUUACGUCUGCUUCGACAUUCUCUACAGGCAGAUACCUUAAACAUUUGGGAUACGAAGUCAAUUAUGUACGCAAUUUCACCGAUGUUGAUGACAAGAUUAUUGCAAGAGCAAAUGAGUUGGGGGAGGAUCCAAUCGGUUUAAGCAAGCGUUACUGUGAAGAGUUUCUUCUUGACAUGACACAUCUUAAUUGUCUUCCUCCUUCAGUGGAGCCACGCGUCUCUGAUCACAUGCCCAAAAUAGUUGAUAUGAUACAGCAGAUUCUUGAUAAUGGAUGUGCUUACAGAAUCAAUGGUGAUGUCUACUUUUCUGUCGAUAAAUUUCCAGAAUAUGGAAAAUUAUCCGGAAGAAAAUUGGAAGAUAACAGACCAGGUGAGCGAGUGGCAGUGGAUACGAGGAAGAAAAAUCCUGCAGAUUUUGCUUUGUGGAAAUCUGCAAAGGAGGGAGAGCCUUUUUGGGAGAGUCCGUGGGGUCCAGGAAGACCUGGAUGGCAUAUUGAAUGCAGUGCCAUGAGUGCUACAUAUUUAGGGUAUUCUUUUGACAUACAUGGCGGCGGGAUUGAUCUUAUAUUUCCCCACCAUGAAAAUGAAAUUGCCCAGAGUUGUGCCGCAUGCAACAAAAGCAAUAUUGGUUAUUGGAUACACAAUGGAUUUGUCAACAUUGAUUCAGAGAAAAUGUCAAAAUCACUUGGAAACUUUGUCACAAUUCGGCAGGUUAUUGAUACCUAUCAUCCACUUACAUUAAGGCUUUUCUUAAUGGGGACACAUUACAGAUCUCCAAUCAAUUACACAAUUGCACAGCUUGAGAGUGCAUCUGAUCGUGUUUUCUACAUCUAUCAGACGUUAUAUGAUUGUGAAAUUGCUCUCGCCCAGCAUGGAUCAAGUUUGAAGGGUUCCGUCCCUUCAAUAACUGCUGGGUGCAUUGAUAAGUUCUGUGAUGAGUUCCUGACUUCAAUAUCUGAUGAUCUUCAUACCCCUGUUGCUUUGGCUGCAAUGUCAGACCCAUUGAAGAUGAUAAAUGAUCUAGUGCACACUUGUGAGGGUAAGAAGCAAGAACUGCGAAUAGAGUCUCUUGUUGCUUUAGAGAAGGUGAUAAGGACUGCUCUGACAAUUUUGGGGCUCAUGCCAAGUUGUUACUAUGAGGUUCUGCAGCAGCUGCGAGAUAAAGCACUGUCGCGUGCGAAUAUGACCGAAGAUGAAGUUCUGCAUAAAAUAAAAGAGAGGACGUCUGCGAGGAAGAAGAAAGAGUAUGAAAGAUCUGAUGCAAUUCGAAAAGAAUUGGCAGCUGUUGGCAUUGCUUUGAUGGAUAGCCCAGAAGGCACAACUUGGAGACCAGCUAUCCCUCUGGCUUUUCUGGAUUCUCUAUAGAUCUCUCUCUCUCUCUCUCUCUCUAAGUUUAUAGGAAAGAAAAUGAACUGUUUGCAAUUUAUGUAUGCAAAAACAUUGAUACAAGAUAGACCUUUAAAGUUUAUUUAUUUGAUUCUAAGGAUUAUUUUUGCCUUAUUUUUAAGUAGAAUUUGAAGUCUCGAAUCUUUUUUAAUACUGUAAUUAAAACUUUGUUCUUUUC